AUGGUCGCGCAGGGCCUCGCGCCGGCGGGCGUGUCCACGGAGGCGUUCCUGAGCGGCGCGCGGGGCACGCCCGCCUGGGCCGCCGUCGACGACGCGCCCGACGGCGAGCCGCCGCCCGCGGCCGCCGUCCGCGACGCCGUGCCGGCGGCCCCGGACGCCGCCGACGCCGCGGACAAGGGCCGGGCCGUGCCCGAGCACAAGGUCCGCGCGCUGCAGCGGCGGCGGCGCACCGAGGCCCUCCGCGUGCUCGCGCGCGUCGUCGGCGCCGCGGCGUCGCGGCGGGCCGCGCGGCUCGCCGAGCGCGGGCUCCGCGCCUUCCUCGUCACCGCCGCCCGCGCGAAGAAGGCCGCGUCGACGUCGGCCCACAAGCUCGAGCUCGCGGCGCUCGCCGCGGAGCUCGAGGACCUCCGCGCGGCGGCGGCCGGCGGCGACGCCGCGGCGGCGUGCGACGAAACCGCCGCGGCGCUCGAGGCGGCGCUCGCGGACGAGCGGGCCGCGCACGCGGCGACGCGCGCCGAGCUCGAGGCCGCGCUCGAAGCGCGCGGCGCCGUCGCGACGGCGGCGGCGGCGACGGCGACGUCGCCCGCGGCGUCGCCCGCGAAGGCGGCGCCCGGCGACCUCGCGGCCGCGCUCGCCGCGCGCGCGGACCUCGAGGCCGAGGUUGCGGCCCUGCGGCGCGAGCGGGACGUCCUCGUCGGCGACUUCGCCGCCGAGACGCGGCGGUCCGCGGACCUCCUCGGCGCGGCCAUGGAGCGCAUCGAGCGCGGCGGCGCGCCCGAGGGCGAGGCGCUCGAGUGGAAGAUCCGGCGCGACCAGCUCCAGGACGCCGUCGAGAACACGCUGGCGAGCCCGUCCGUGUACACGCUCUGGUGGGGCAUCGGCAUCAUCAAUAAGCAGCUCGCCGCGAAGGGCCGGCAGAAGAAGCACCGGGCCGUGGCCAUGAACGCGACGCUGCUCAGCCUCAUCGUCAUGACCGUCGCGGCCCAGGUCAUGCUGCCGCUGCUGAUCCUCGCGGGCUACAAGAACCCGCGGCUGCCCUACGCGCUCUGCCCGCGCCACGCGCGCGGCAAGACGGUGACCGCGUUCUCGACGUACCACCUCGGCGUCUACAUCAUGUGCGUCGCGACGAUGCUCACGAACUACCAGACCGUGCAGAACGAGCAGAUCGCGUUCCGCUUCCUCGGGACCUUCGGGUCCGCGGACAUGCGGCGCGAGCGGCCCCGGGACGCGUCGCCGCGGCCGGGCGCGGGCGCCAAGGCCGGCGGCGCGUCCAUGGCGGACCUCGUCGAGGUCUUCCAGCGCGACGAGGACGGCCUGAUCCUCUACGUCGCCGCGGAGGUCCAGCUCCUGAGCUACAAGCUCGUGCUCCUCGCGUCCGUCUACCUCUUCUUCACGCAGAGCACCAUCGCGGACAUCAUCAUGAACUCGCUGAGCCUCCAGUUCCUCCUCAGCCUCGACAACACGGUCACGUCCGCCGUGCGCCACGCGCCGACGGUCGCCAAGGAGAUGGCGUCCUGGUUCGACGGCUACGACUGGCUCUCGCACCGGACGACGUCCUACCUCGUCGACGAGAAGAAGACGGGCGCCUUCGAGGUCCUCGGCGUGCGCAUCCGGCCCUUCCGCCUCAUCCCCUUCAUCAGCUACGACCUGUCCAUCGACCGCGACUGGUUCAAGCAGCACCCCGUCGUCUGCCUCAUCUCCAUGACGGACGUGUGCCUGCUGCCCAUCAUCGUCUACUUCGUCGUCUUCGUCGGCACCUGCGCCGACGAGGGCGGGCUGCUCGACGACGACGACUAG